AUGUCGAAACUUGAGCAGACGACAUUUAAACCACUUGUGAUAGGCGAGGACAGGCAGACUGGGGUCAUAACUCCACAGUCGUUUGAAUUCGCAGCUCGACUCUCUCUCUCUCUCUCUCUCUCUCUCUCUCUCAUCGGUUAUGGUUUAUUUUUCUUUUUUCUCUUUUCUUUAUCCAAUCAAUUUUCACUGUGCCCUCAUGCUUCUCCCGCCUUUACUUUUCAUUGCUUUUCCGAUUUUCUCUCCAAUUCUCUAACAUUCUCUCUAUUUCUCUCUAUUUCUCUCUCUUCAUUCUCUUUCUCUUUUUUCUCUCUCUCUCACUUUCUCAUACAUAUAAAGAUAUUUUCUUUUCUUCAUUUCAAACUUGAAUUCUACUCUUUUGUCUCCUACUUUUACUUGUUUCUCUUUCUUCUCCUCUUUUUAUCAUUAUUCUUUCACUCAAUUUCUUUGCUUUUUUUUUCUUUUUCAUUGUCUCUUUUUCAUCUCUAUUCCUCUUUCAUUUUUCUGUCUCUCUAUUUUAUCCUUUUUCUUUUUCUCGUCUGCAUUUUUCUCAUUUUUAUUAAUUUUCCUCUACUUUUUCUCCAUUUUGGUUUUCUUUUCCGCUUCUUUUUCUUUUUUCUCCGUUUUUUGUUCUUAAACUACCAUUCUUUUCUUUCGACUGCAUUUCUCUUUCUAUCCAUUCUUUUUGGUUUUAUUCUGAUGCUUUUAAUAUAUUUCGUUCUUAUUCCCUUUCGCUCCCUCACUCCGCUCACUAUCUAUCUAUCUAUCUAUCUAUCUAUCUAUCUAUCUAUCUAUCUCAUUUUGCUUCUUUUAAUCCAUACACAUACUUUUAAUCUCUGUAUAUUUUCUGCUUGUUUAUCUCUGAAAGUUUUCUCUUAG